AUGAUGCAGCCAUCUGCACCGUGGUGCGGACGUCCCAGACGUGCUAUACAUGAGGUCUCUGUUCGAAGGGCUAGAAAGCUAAUUAUACGAAAUUUCAAGCUUCUCAAGCAAGGAGGCGACAUGCUCGAAACCGAUGCUAAUACUCGAAAUCCAGACGAUGCGCAUUCAAAAACUACGGACAACAACAGCAGUAACAUCCAUGAGGAGUGUAAAAGCUUGAAAAUUGCAGAAAAAGAUGAUGAGGAUGAAGAUCCCGAUAGACAUCUGGCAAAAAUAGCUAUACAGCGGGAAGUGAAAAAUCGGGUAAAACUUUAUGUGCUUUGUGACCAGCGGGUAUGGGACGACAAGGGUACAGGACAUGUCGCAUGUGUACCGUCCCCAGAGCAUCAAGGGGCUACUUUCAUUGUGGUCCGUUUAGAACACAGUGAGAAAAAUAUAUUGGAAUCAAGAAUCCUUAUGGAUACUAUCUACCAAAAACAACAGGAAACAUUAAUAGUUUGGUCAGAAUCGGAUACGUGUGACUUGGCGCUCUCGUUCCAAGACAAGACAGGAUGUGAGGAUAUUUGGGAGAAAAUUUGUCAAGUGCAAGGUCGCGACCCCGAGCAACAUCCUGAUUUCACAGGAAACUAUGAAGAUUUGGAUGAUUCGGAAGGUUUGGAUUCCGCUGGACAAGGAUACAGUGCUCAGCGGUCAGCCGCAGGGGCUACAAUUACUCUUCCACCAUGUGAGGUAAAUUCAUUAGCGGAUAUCGAAGUUAUGAUUUCGAAUAGUUUUGGGUCGGCAGCUCUUCGAGAAAAACUAGCGAUAGCAAUUGAAAAUCAAGGGUAUGUUGCAAAGCUCUGCGAUCUUUUCCAUAUGUGUGAAGAUCUGGAACAUAUUGAUGCGCUGCAUACACUACAUCAAAUUGCGCGCAGUUUAUUCAUGUUGAAUCGCAAUACCCUUCUUGAAGUUCUACUUAGUGAAAAAUAUUUUAAAGAUAUUGUUGGGAUGUUAGAAUAUGACCCAGCUGAACCCAGACCGCGAAAGCACCGCGAAUUCUUAUUCCAAAAAGCAAGGUUUCGAGAAGUGCUACCGAUUCAGAAUGAUGAAUUACGCCAAAAGAUACAUCAAACUUAUAGAGUUCAAUAUGUUCAGGAUAUUUGUUUGCCAGCACCUUCUUUAUUUGAGGAAAAUUUGUUAUCAAUUCUAAACAGCUAUUUGUUUUUCAGUCGAGUGGAUAUUGUUAGUUUAUUGCAGGAUGACAAACAACUUUUGAAAGAUUUAUUCGACCAAUUAAAGGAUCCAACAACAACAACUGAAAGGCGGAAGGACUUAACUAUGUUUUUGAAAGAAUUUUGUUCUUUCUCAACAUCAUUGCAACCAAAUGGACCGCAAGGCCGUGAAAAUUUUUAUAAAACCUUAAUGCAAAAUGACGUACUGGCAGCAAUAGAACCAUGCAUCACAAGCAAAGAUGUACAGACACGAGCAACAACUGUUGAAAUGUUCGUUAUGAUUGUAGAAUUUAAUCCGCAGACUGCACGGGACUAUCUUCUUCAACAAGGUCGUGGCUUUGGAGAGGCUAAAAACAAUCAGUUGCUGCUUAAUAAAUUAAUUGAUCACAUGUUAACGGAUCGUGAUCCAGAACUGACGUCAGCGUAUACUAUGGUUAAAGUAAUGCAGUCGUUGCUGGAUCCAGAUAAUAUGAUUACAGCACCAAAUAUGAAAUCGGAAAGACAUGAAUUUUUAACUUUUUUUUAUCGACGAUCUAUGGAAACUUUAUGUCGACCGUUGUAUGCAAAUACUGAGAAUGAUACUUUAAAAAAAGAUAAUUACCACUGUGCAAAUCAGCAAGCAAUGAUCAUCGAUAUCCUCUGCUUUUGUUUCGAACAUCAUGCAGUCCAUAUGCGUAAUUAUUGUAUUAACAACAAAUUGCUGAAUCGCGUGCUUGUCCUUUUGAAGAGCAAACAUCAUUUUCUUGCUUUGACUGCAUUGCGCUUAUUCCGACGAGUUGUCCAGCUAAAGGAUGAAUUUUAUUAUCGGUAUACGGUAAGAGAUAAUGUCAUGCGGCCUAUCGUUGAGUGCUUCAAAAAAAACGGCCACCGAUACAACCUUCUAAAUUCUGCAAUAAUUGAACUUUUUGAAUUCAUUAGGAUGGAAGAUAUUAAACCACUGAUUGCCUACGUUGUGGAAAAUUUCAGUAAGGAUUUUGAAGACGUGAUAUACGUAACGACAUUUAAGUCAUUGCGCUUAAAAUAUGAACAAAUGAAAGACCGUGAAAUUCGCAAAAUAGAGGAUUCAUCACCUUCCGAUCCUUUAAUUUCCAUUGAAGCUAAUUUACCGGCACAGUGGAAAAUGGAACGUCAAGCUGAUGCUGACGAGCAAUGGUUUAACGAUGACGAUUCAGAGAACGCAUCACCAGUAGGAGAUUGGGAUCCGAACAAGCUAGGCAAAGAAUCAGGAACGGCUUUAAUGUCUCAGUCUGCAUUGCUAGAUGUUUCUCCUUCUUCUUCUGCUACCUCUAUUGCUAUGGAGGAUGAGUCAUUAGAAAAAAGUAUUGCAACAAGGAAAAUGGGUGUGGAACCCCUUCUUCCUAAUUUAUUGAAGCGCAAAGUAGAAGACGAGUCAGAUGCUGUUUUCUCAACUCAAAUUAGUACUCCACUUAAAACUCACAUUGCGCCUCGAAUUAUCAUUAAGGUAAACACCGAUAAAAAAAGCUCUUCACUAUCGUUAUCUCCUCAACCAACGUGUAAUUCACCGCCGGGUGAUCCAGUUGUUUCGUCCACCGAAACUUCCAAUUCUCCAUCUAGCUCAACUUCGUCGCGUGUAGCGUCGUCUGCUAGCGUUGUAACCGUUCUUGCCAAAAAGCCACUGGUAGAAUACGAUGAAAGUGACAGUGAUGAGGAAGACGAAACGACGGAAUCGGGAUCAACGGGAGAUUCACUUCCUUCAAGCUCGAGUUCAGUUGGUCGACCUUCCUCGAAUCUUAGUAGUCAGUCAUCCAGUGACGAUCAAGAUGAUGUAAGCAGCACAUCAGGCGAUCAUGAACCCUGUCCGAUUUCUAAUGACGAUAUCAAAAAAGAUGAGGAUCAGGAUCAAAGUAUGUCGCGGAAAAGAUCUUCCGAAGCAAUGCUAAUUGGAGAAGCAGUGAGAGAACGACUUGCUGAGGAAAACAGGUUCUCAGAUGAUGACCUCACUACGAAGAGACUAAGGUUACAUGGUGAGGGAAAUUUCGAAGCAGAAGCAGUAAGUCCCAAUGAACAGUCAGCUUUUAAGUAA